CUUUCCCCCCUCUUCUUUACCCUCCCCGCCGCGCCGGCGCCGCCCAACCCCGAGCAAGCGCUUCUCCCUCCGCCUUUUCAAAUCCCUCUCUCCAUCUCCGUCCCCGCUUCCGGGAGGUCCCGGGCGGCAGGGAGGACGCACGCGGGGCCUCUCCGCCCCGGCUUCAGGUCAGUCAGCGCCGUCCCAGCCCUCGUCAGAAAACGCCCAUCACCUCCUCCUCAUCGUCGGCUCCCACCCUCAUCGCUAUCGGCGCCCCCGACCCGCCGCCCGCACAAUCCCGCAUCGCCCCUGCUCCGCCAAUACCCAGCCCGCGGCCCCCGUUUCCUCCUUCCACUGUAGCAGCCUCCCCUUCGCUGCCGUCGCAGGCCGCCCCUCCCCCGCUCCGGCUGGCCGCCGCCGGUCCUGCCGCGGUGGAGGCGGAGCGAUCUCUGCCUCACCGCACCGCUGCGGCAUCGGUGCUCCAUAACGUCUAUUGGUGAAUGCUGCAAUGCACCUUCAUCCCUUCCGAAUCGAUUGGACACGUCAUCUGGUUUUAGGGUAUUUCUGUGAUCCAGGGGCCAGAUCCGAUAUGUAGGUUGAGGGAGUGGAAGGUGGUAGGGACAGGUGAGGGAGCAAAAGGAAAGAUGCGGAGGUAGAGGACUGGAUACUAUAAUGGCGCAAGCUGCUGUUGAAUCUGCUCUGAAUGGUGACUCGCUGAUUGGGAGGCAGACGGUGGUUCCAAGGAUGAAGAGGAAGACACCCUCAGAACUGAGAGGUGAGCAACUGAAGCGGCGCACCUCUGAAAAGCCAGUGAAUGAUCAGUUACCCUCUUCUACUGCAUUUGAUAGGUCAAGCAACGGACUUCAGAAUACAGAGCAACAAAAGAUAUCCAAAUACAUCAACAAUCGUGUUACGGAGGUGUUCCCUGUGAAAAAACAAAGAAACAUUGGAAAGGAAAAUGUAAAGGAUGCCUUGCAGAAUAAUGAGAAGGUUCCUAAGUCUGUUGAUGCUCUAACAGCUUCAAAUUUUGCAUCAUCUUCACUUCCAUGUGAUUAUGGUGACUCUGCUAAGUUAGGGUCUUCUGUUCCAUCAAUGACGGAGGCAGCAAAACCAGGUUUCAAGAAAGUUGAGAAAUGCAGUGAAAAUGCUUUGCGGAGUGUAUCUGACCUUCACGUUGGCGAUGAGAAGCAGACUGGUUCUAACAAACUUGAUAUGGAAAAAGUACUGAAAGGGUUUGGAGCUCAUGAUGCUUUUGUGGCUUCUGGGCUCAACGGCCCUAACAGACAAGUUAGUGAUGCUGCGAUGAAGUCUUCAGACAUGUGCCCUUCCAAGAUCACCAUUCCAGGAAAAAGAGCUCCUUUAGAUUUUACCUUGAAGACUAAUUUGCAGUUUGUUUCAUCAUCGUCUGUGAAAUGGUGUCACAGGCUCAAUACAAGUUCUGGCAGGAGCAGCACCACUGGAGCCAUUGUGCAGAGCUGUCGGCGUGGGUGUCAAAAUUUAGAGUGCCCAAGGCCUGAGAGAAAAAAGGAAUUCUUGUUCUUGAAGGCACUGCAAUCAUGGGUAUAUCCACAAUCUUUGUUGCCUGCUUCCAUCAUAUCUGCUAUGCUCUCAUCGACUGCACGAGGAGAAAGUGACUUUCUUCUCAAAAGGCAUCAGGAUUGGGAAGAUUCGUUUCAGAAUCUUUACUACAUGCUCCGGAAGAACAUGUUGAAUAUAUUUUAUGUUUAUACGACACAAUUUGUUGCUCUGUUCAUCGGUGGAAGCUGUUUGGAGAAAAAGCAGUCCUGUAAUGCCUACUUAUCACAAUCUACACGUGGCCUACGCUCAUUACUACGGAAACAUGGUAUUUGCUUUUCUAUGCCUCUUUGCAAUGCUGAAGUGGAGCAGGCUACUGACGAUGACCUGAUUGAACUUUCAGAAAUUCAAAGGCGCAAUCUGGGCCAGGCACUCCAUUUAGAUGCUUUAUCUGAUGUUGACAACACCACGCAGUCGCUCCUUUCAUUUACUGGCUGUCAGAGUGUUCAUGGCUUAUAUGAUGUUUUGUUGAACUACAAGUCUUUUCUGAAUUCUUUAUCUGCUGCAGAUGUCCCAGUCUUAUAUUCACCGCAGCCAUUUCAAAAUGGCUGUCUACAUAUUCCAGAGGUGAAAUGCAGGGAGAUGAGGAAAGCAGAUAUUGGGCUACUCUCUUCUGGUGGGUUUGACACAGAACUGGGAUCAGCUUUUGCUUCUUCCACAGGCAACAUCUGCUACAGCAUGGAAAUAAAGGAUGCGGUUCUUCCACCAUGGGUGGUUUCUGGAAUCUGCUCCGCAAUGAGCUCAGACGCGAGCUUCGACUUAACAAUCGCUACCGAGCCAUCGUCGAUGGGCUUGAACGUCGCCCUCAACUCCAUGAGCAGAAGCACGCAACCUGAGGCGCCACCCCCCGACAGCUGUGCAUCGUUUGGCAUCCCUGACGCUGUCCUGGUUCCCUCUUUGCACUCCGCCUCGCUGCGGCGCCUCAGCUACACGGACGGCGAGUACGCCGCGUACACAACCGUGUGAGCUCGAAUUCUACUGGCUACUGCCGUCCAGCGGGAAGUAAGCCAGGAAGGGAGGCCGGUUCUGCGCAGGUGCAACAGCGGGAGAAGAAAGGCUUUUGCUAUCUGAAAGGCUCGUCACGCAGAACCCGGAGCUUGUGGUUGUUGGUACCUUAGACACUCAGACCCCAGUUGCUGAGUGCUGCAUUUUACAAAUCUGGCCCUGUAUCAUCUACAGGGAUUUUGUAAUUGUGGAGCCUGUAUGCCUCGUCGUACAGGACGAAGUUACGUUUGGAUGGUAAUUUAUGGAGCUCUGGUUCUGAAACAAAAAGAACAAUACUUGCA